AUGGAGCUGAUAGUGGCUCUGGCUUCUCCGGUCUUCCUGCUCUUCCUGGACUGUGUGUGGCAGCUCUGGGCACAGUUCCCGUCUCGCUUCCAGCUCACGGAGGAUUUCCUGCUGGCGCUCCACGACAGCCUCCACCUGCCGCUCUUCUCCACCUUCCUGGCCAACUCUCAGAGGGAGCGGCUGAAGAGCUCCCAGCAUGUGGGGCAGUCGUACACUCGGGUGGAGGGCUGGAGGGACGUGCCCCUGGAGCUGGAGGACCUGUGUGACCCCCCUCUGCCCCCCGUGUGGGACUGGGACCUGCAGUACAGUAAGGAGCGGCAGGCCAGCUUCACCCAGCCCAUCCCCAGCCCUACCCCGCCCCAGCCUCUGCUCAACGGGAACCUGAACACCGGCACGGACACACUGCGGAUGGCAGACACCAUCCCUGGCUCAGUCUUCCUCUUGUCCCGGGGCAGUUUCUCCUGCCCCCCUCAGCUGCCCCCUUGGCGCAGCAGCCUCAGCUCCAGCGUGUACCGGAAGAGCCACCGCAGGGCCCUGUCCUCGGAGCACGUGCCGGGGCUGGAGAGGCUCUUAAAGGCCUGGGCUCUGGCUGACUUCCCCCACACUCUCACCUCACACUCAGGCCCCCAGGGGCCCCUGGACCCCUAUGAACCUCUGCUGCCUCUGCUGAUGGGCCCCUGCCUGGGUCUGUGGAGGCAGUGCUACCUGCGGGGGGCCAUACAUGCACAGGCCUUCUCCCACCCGCUGUCCUCUCCUCAGCCUCACCCUGUGGAGCGGCUGUCCCGGCAGGUGCAGCAGCUGCGCACCCAGCUGUCCCAGGUCCCGGUGCCCAAAGAGCCCUGUUCCCCUGAGACCCCCAUGGGCCUCCAGCGGGACCUGAACCAGAACGCCAACAACAGCACCUUCCUCUUCCCUGCAGCCAGAAGCUCCAAGACCCCGUCCCCCCAACAGAGCUCCAGACCUGCAGCCGGACCCCAGCAGAGCUCCAGACCUGCGGCCGGCCCCCAGCAGAGCUCUCCUCAGAGAAGUCACAAACACACCUUCCUCUUCAGAGCCUCGUCCCCGGGACGGAGGCGGUCCACGGCCCCUGAGGCCCAGAGUCAGUCCUGUCGCCCGCACACGGCCUCCUGA